AUGAAUCAGCAGCGCUUUGCACUGGCGAUUCUCAUUCGGGCAGAUCUCACGGUAGACAAGAUCGCGACCUUUGCUCGAACGUUGAGGGCUCCCAUCGAGGCGAUUGAUGCACAUCCUCAUACUCUGGAGGAUUCAGUCGGAGUUCUAUUGGAUGCAAAUCACGAAUUCCGUCCGCCAGGUUUAGCUGGAUUGCGUCUAGUCUCGGCUCAGUCAAACGGAAAAUAA